GUUAUAAUUUAGUAAAUUCUCCACAUCUUAUUCCUGCUUACGAGUUAGAUACUGCAUUAUUAGAAUAUUCCGAAAAUAUUUCUUCACUUGGUUAUAAGGCUCACGUCCAAUCUGAAGAAGAUUUAAAAGCAAUAAUUGAGGGGGUUAAACAGCAUGUUAUUGAUAAAAUACGUUUAUGGGAAUUCUAUGUUAUUGAUGUCAAAGAAGCAUUAAGUGAAUUUCAAGCUGCAUUAGAUAAGAAUGCAUCAGUUGACAAGUCUUUAUUUGAAAAUAUUGACAUUGCUGCACUUUCAUUUAAAGAACAAGCCAAAUUAUUAGCCGAUAAAGAAGACAAGAGCGAGAUUAAAGAAAUAACUUCUGAAAAAGUUGCCAAUAUAAAACCUAUAGAAGUAAAUGAGGUAAAACCGGAGGGGGCAAUAAAUGAAAAGUCAAUACAUGAAAUUAUGCUGAACAAAUUCAAAGCAAUUAUCAACGAAGUAAACUUGCCAUUUUAUAAAUUAUAUGAUGAUGAAGUUAUCAUAAUUCUUGAAAAUUUGUGGAAUCGUGCCAAAUAUUUGAAACUUGAUCCUCAUGGACCAAACCAAAAAGAAAUAACUCAACGUGUUCCUCUCGUUGAGCGGUAUUUUACUCGUAUUCCACUUAAUGAAAAAACGCAAAAGCAUCCAAAAGGAUCUUUGGCUGUUGUAAAUAAUG